AUGAAGCGCAUGUUUAGCGGCCUGCAGAGGCGCGUCACUUCUCCAUUAAGUGCGCAAGACAGUCCUUCGCCAACUCCCUCCGGAAAUGACUCCCCAGAGGCGAUUAUUGCUCGAGAAAUUAAAGCUUUCUGCGAAUCUGGUGGCGGACCAACUAGCGCUUCCAAUGACUACCUCCAUCUCCCCGCCAUCGUCGAAGCCGCCGAAUCAAGCGCGAAUGCAGCCAAAGAAGCCGCCGCGCGAAUACGCAAAUACCUAUCGAGCCCGGCCAAAGUUCAAGGCGGAAUACAGUAUAAUUCUAUUAUGCUGAUUCGCAUUCUAUCCGAGAAUCCCGGCCAUACAUUCACACGCAACUUUGAUGCCAAGUUUGUCAGCACAAUCCGGGAUCUUUUGAGGGAAGGCCGAGAUAUGCCGGCGCAGCAGAUGCUGCGUGAGAUGUUGGAUAUGUUUGAGACUCAGAAAUCGUGGGAUGAGGAUCUAGCGGGCCUUGUUGCUAUGUGGCAGAAGGAGAAGCAGAAAAAAUCUUAUACACGAUCACCACCACCACUACCCGGUCAACAGAACCCACAAUUCCAACAAUCGGGUUUCCUUCAAGGUGGUCCUCCUCGCCGAGGAGGACAAUUACCUCCUGCUGAUGAGCUGGCAUCGCGUAUAUCCGAGGCAAGAACAUCUGCCAAUCUACUCAUCCAAUUAGCACAAAGCACUCCGGCAGCAGAGGUGCAAUCACAUGAGUUAAUGCGUGAGUUCUCGCAGCGCUGCCAGUCCGCCUCGAGAUCUAUUCAGAACUACAUGGCCGUUGAGAACCCGCCACCAGAUGAGAAUACGAUGCUUACCUUGAUUGAAACGAAUGAGCAACUCUCCGUAGCGUUGUCGAAGUAUCAACGCACGCUUUUGAAUGCUAGGAAGGCAUUGGGGGCUUCGACGCCUGUUACAACGCCGGGUUCCAAUAGCAAUGUCGCUAGCCCUGCUGUUCCUCCUGUCAGCGGUAACACCAAUGGUAACUACAAAGGGGGAGAAUCCGGAAUUCUCAUCCCCGAACUAGGAAAUGAAAAUCUCUCUUCUGCAAACACGGCUGGAGGCUCAGUACGUCCUUCAGUACACGCAUCUCUAGACACGCCAUUCUCACUUCCCGGGCUCGACCGUGAUCCAGUCGAAGUUCCAGCUGAGGCUCCCUCAACAAGAACAAUUCCCACCUUAACUCCGUCUAACACUCAACAACCUGCCACCGCUACUACGUCCAACCGCUAUGAAUACAACCCGGAUGAAUUUAAUGUCGAGAAUCCAUUCGCAGAUAGUACUACAGAAGAUAGCCAUGGUCAUGGUUACCAUCAACAGCAAGAGCCUACCCGGCGUGCCGUUUGA